AUGAUUUCGAGUGGAAAACUAAACUCAGCCGAAAAUCAACAUCAAGAGCAACUGAUAAGUGUAAUCAGUGAUUUAAAUGAGAAACUCAAAAUCAAAUGGAAUGCAGUGGUUGGCUUAGAAAUUUCACAGGAUAUGGAGAAAGUGAUUAAAUCUUUAAAUAUCCCUAAGCUAAUAAUAACAAGGAAUUAUAAUAUGGAAAUCAAUACACUACACCAUCAUCAAAUGCUAACUAUAGUGGCGGUAGAACAUUCAGAGCUAGAUAGAGUUUAUGAAAUUGUAAAACAGCUUCUAAAGAUUUUAUACUUUAAUCAUAUUUUAUGGAUUUAUCCUGAAGCCCAAAUAAAGGAUUUAUUUCAACUAGCUAAUAUUAAUUGGUACUGUGGCCACAGCAAAGUUUUAUAUUAUGUACAGGGUGUGCUGUAUACUUACGAUCCAGUGCCUAACAUUAGAUUGCAUCGCAUAUCUAACCUAAAAGAAUAUGUUGAGAGAAAGGAUAUAGUGGAUUUUCAAAGAUAUCCUUUGACUGUGCCCAUCGUAUCUUUACCUCCACGCUGUUAUCAGUACAGAAAUAAAUUUGGAAAACUAGUGUAUACGGGUUAUUUAUAUAAAAUUAUCAGAAUUUUUAUAGAACAUUACAAUUUUCAAUUCAAGAAUUUUCCCGUAGUUUAUAACUCACUUAAUAUGGAGGCUAUCAGACAAGGUGUAAACAAUAAAUCUAUUGAUAUUUUACCUACAUCUUUACAUAUAUAUGAUCCUGUUGCUGGUAGCAGCAGUGAUGUUUUAUGGCUCGUGAAAUCAUAUAUUCUGGCACCUUAUCCCGCUUCCUUAUCGAAAACUAAAUAUUUUAUGCAGCCUUAUACCUCCGAUACCGUUUUUUAUAUUCACCUACUGCUAGUAUUCUGUGCUCUGGCUGUUGCCUUUAUUCACUACGGACCUCAUUAUAUCAAUGAAGUGGAUUUUACCAAAUCAAUUCUUUAUGUUCUUGCCUUAUUCCUGUAUCAGAAUCAGCUUAAUUUCAAAAUAAAAACCAAUCGCCAGAAACUAGUAUAUUCUCUAAUCUUUCUUAAUGGUUUUAUAUUCACCAAUUUGUAUAUGGCCAAAUUGUCCAGCUUAUUGGUACAAGAUAUCUACGGAACCAAAGUGGAAAAACUUGAGGAUUUAAACAAUACAAAUAUACAAUUGCUUGUACGAAAAAUGGAUUAUAAUUAUCUGCAAACUCUUUCAAAUAUACCUGAAGUUAUUAUAAAAAAGGCAAUAGUUAUUGACAAUUUUGAUCUGUAUAAAGCUCAUCGUGAUUUAAAUAAUACUCAUUUGCUGUUGGCCUUACAGGACAAGAUUGUUUUUUUAUUAUUUCAGCAGCGUUUUCUUAAAGUUCCUCGCAUGUAUAGAAUCAAUGAGGUUGUUUUCACCAUGCCCCAGUAUUUUACAGUAGGCAGAGAUUUGCCUUAUAUUCAGCUGUUCAAUCGUUAUUUGAAAUAUGUAAUGGAAUCGGGUAUUCUUAACAAAUUUGUGAUGGAUACUAAUUUUGAUGGCAUACAAAGUGUAGAAAUACGAUUUUUAAAUGACACUGAGAAUAAUGGCGGUAUAUAUCUUAGUUUUGAUUAUUUCUACGCUCCUUUGAUCUGUUUUGUAUUUGGCAUGAUUUUAGCUUUAAGUGUGCUUUUGUUGGAAUUGAUUUAUUUUAAGUAUGCAAAUAAAUAG